AUGUCAAAAUCGCCUUUGCGUUUGCUCCCUCUUGCAUCCAUCCUCUUCUAUGCCGUCUUCUUGUUCAUCACUACUACUACUACCAAUCUUGUUUCCGCUCUCACAUGCCGUCCCGACCAAACCGAAACUCUUAAGCGUUUCAAAAACGAGUUUGCGUUCUCCAGCAGUUGCAGUGACGACGCCGACUUCUUCCGCGGUGUGGCUUGCGAUAACGCGACCGGUGCGGUCACGGUUCUAAACCUCCCCACUGGAUGUCUACGUGGCACUUUCAGACCCAACAGUAGCCUCUUUGAGCUAAGCCAUCUCCGUGUCCUUAACCUUUCUCUCAACAACUUCGCUUCUUCUUCUUUACCCUCUGCUUUUGGUCAACUCAACAAUCUAGAGGUCUUGCGUCUCUCCUCUAAUGGCUUCUUCGGCCAAGUUCCUUCCUCUAUACGCAACCUCCCAAAAUUAACCCAAUUACAGCUUUCUAACAACAACCUCAAAGGUGAUUUAACCUCACUUGUACAGAAUCUAACAAAUCUUUUAGCUUUAGACCUUUCUUAUAAUCAAUUCUCUGGAACCAUACCUUCUUCUCUCUUUACUAUGCCUUUCUUGCGUAUUCUUGAUUUGAGUCAGAAUCAUCUCACUGGCUCACUUGAAAUCCCUAAUUCCUCGUCUAAGCUCCAGACUCUCAAGCUCUCUUACCUAAACAUAAUCCACCAAAUUGACUUGAGAAUCUUCUCUUCUUUCAAAUCUUUGACACACCUCGAUCUUUCCGGAAACAGUUUAACACCAACGAGUGUGGAUUCAGACAUCGACUUUGCAAAGAGCAUCAGGAUCUUGCUCUUGUCGGGAUGCAACAUAAGGGAGUUCCCGAGAUUCGUGGAAUCCCUAAAGAAUUUAGAGCUCUUGUAUCUCGCCAACAACAGAAUCAAAGGGAACGUUCCUGACUGGUUAUGGAGUCUUCCUCGUUUGACCUCGCUGAAUCUUUACAACAAUUCGUUCACCGGUUUCGAAGGCUCGUUGGAUCAUGUUGUAGCCAACUCAUCGGUGCAGGUGUUAGACAUGGCUUACAAUUUGGCUAUAGGGUAUGGGCCUGGAGUUUUGUUUGGAUUGGCAAUAGGACAUGUUGUUGCUUUGUACAGGCCUGAGUGGUUCAUCAAGAACUAU